AUGCAGAGCACGGGGCAAACGGAGGACAUGGACCAGAUCGUAAAGCUGGUUUCGAGAAUGUUUGGCCACGAGAGGAAAGCCAACUCGAACGAGGAAAAGACACGGCACCUGGGGGUGGUGUGGAAACAUAUGACCGUGAAAGGGGUUGGUCUUGGUGCUGCCCUGCAACCGACAAAUGCGGAUAUCUUCCUGGCAUUGACCAGGCUGAUUAAACGCAUCUUGACUCGAGGUAGGAGAGGCGCGGGUGCAGGGCAGACCCCUCUAAGGACUAUUCUCGAUGACUUUACCGGCUGCGUACGGCCAGGGGAAAUGCUUCUGGUUCUUGGAAGGCCGGGGUCUGGGUGUUCAACAUUCUUGAAGGCCAUUGGGAACCAACGCUCCGGCUACAAAAGUGUGGACGGAGAUAUACACUAUGGUGGAACCGAUGCAAAUACCAUGGCAGACAACUACCGCUCGGAAGUGCUCUACAACCCUGAAGAAGAUCUCCAUUACGCCACACUGACCGUGCGAGAGACUUUAAUGUUCGCGCUGAAAUCACGAACCCCAGAUAAGGCCUCGCGUCUCCCAGGCGAAACCCAAGAGGAAUAUCAAAGGACAUUUUUGUCCACAAUCGCCAAACUGUUUUGGAUUGAGCACGCCCUUGGGACCAAGGUUGGUGACGAACUGGUUCGAGGAGUGUCGGGAGGGGAGAAGAAGCGCGUUUCAAUAGGAGAGGCCCUGGUUACCAAGGCUAGCACGCAAUGUUGGGACAAUUCAACCAGAGGCCUUGAUGCAAGCACUGCUUCUGAGUACGUUCGGAGUCUGCGGAGCUUGACUAACAUGGCCCACGUGUCUACUCUCGUCGCUCUCUACCAAGCAUCUGAGCAUCUCUAUCGGCAAUUUGACAAAGUCCUGUUGAUCGAGGAAGGCAAGUGCGCAUAUUUUGGCCGUUCGGAAAACGCAAGAGCCUAUUUCGAGCGGCUUGGCUUCGAAUGUCCUCCACGAUGGACAACCCCCGACUUCCUCACGUCCAUCAGUGAUCCGCAUGCUCGUCGCGUGCGAAAGGGGUGGGAAGACCGUAUACCGCGGUCCGCAGCAGACUUCCAACAGGCAUAUUGCAAGAGUGAUAGGUACAAAGAGGCACUUGACGACAUCGAUGAUUUUGAGAAAGAGCUCGAGCACCACGAAGAAGAACGGCAGGUCGCUCGGAGAGGCUCCUCGAAGAAAAACUACACCGUUCCAUUCCAUAAGCAAGUGCUCAUCCUCACCGAAAGGCAGUUCCGGAUCAUGUAUGGAGACCGGCAGACGCUCAUUGGAAAAUGGUCGAUUCUCGUUUUUCAAGCCCUGAUCGUUGGAAGUCUCUUUUACAACCUUCAGCCUACUAGCGCCGGCGUUUUUACGAGAGGAGGAGUCAUGUUCUUUGUGCUCCUUUUUAAUUCUUUACUAGCACUGGCCGAACUUACAAUGGUUUUCCACCAUCGCCCAGUGAUGUUGAAACAUAAGAGCUUUUCCUUCUAUCGUCCUUCUGCCUAUGCCUUGGCCCAGGUAGUUGUCGACGUGCCGAUAAUCUUCAUCCAGGUCACUCUUUUUGAACUGAUUGUAUAUUUCAUGGCCAAUCUCGCACGGACACCGUCUCAAUUUUUCAUCAACUUCUUGUUCAUAUUUCUCCUGACGAUGACUAUGUAUUCAUUCUUCCGAACAAUUGGAUCAUUAAGCACCUCACUCGAUGUUGCUACCCGGGUUACCGGAGUUUCCAUCCAGGCCCUUAUUGUCUACACGGGAUACCUCAUCCCACCGUGGAAAAUGCACCCCUGGUUGAAGUGGCUAAUCUGGAUUAAUCCGGUUCAGUAUGCCUUCGAGGGAGUCAUGUCUAACGAGUUUUACAACUUGAACAUUCAAUGCGAACCACCAAGUAUUGUUCCCUAUGGACCCGGUGCCGUACCUGGUCACCAAAGCUGCACCAUCCAGGGCAGUACUCCUGAUCAGCUCGUGGUUCAGGGAUCGAACUACAUCCGAACCGCCUAUACCUAUAGCCGAUCUCACCUGUGGCGUAAUAUUGGCAUCAUCGUGGCCUGGCUCAUAUUCUUUAUUAUCUUAACUAUGAUAGGGAUGGAACUGCAAAAGCCAAAUAAAGGCGGAAGUGCCGUAACUAUAUUUAAGAGAGGAGAAGCACCCAAAGCAGGGGAGGGAUCUGUCAAGCAAAAGGAGAUCCCGAGCGACAUUGAGGCCGCGUCGAAUGGGAUUUCUAGCAGCACGGACGUGUCCCAGGAUUCCCCAGGGAAAGUUGACGGCAUAGCGCGGAGCACAUCCAUCUUCACCUUCCAGCAUGUCAACUACACAAUCCCUGUUCAUGGGGGCAAGAAACAGCUCCUGCGAGAGGUGCAGGGGGUUGUAAAACCUGGUCGUCUUACCGCGCUUGUUGGCGCAUCUGGUGCUGGAAAAACUACUCUUCUCAAUGCACUGGCUCAACGGUUAAACUUUGGAGUUAUCACGGGUGAUUUCCUUGUUGAUGGGAAGCCAUUGCCCAAGAGUUUCCAGAGAGCUACGGGAUUUGCUGAGCAGAUGGAUAUUCACGAGCCAACUGCAACCGUGAGAGAGUCUCUCCGAUUUUCAGCUCUUCUUCGUCAGCCAAAAGAGGUCCCGAUUCAGGAGAAAUAUGACUAUUGCGAGAAAAUCAUCGAUCUGCUUGAAAUGAGGCAAAUUGCGGGCGCUACAGUGGGUGCUGCUGGGGGCUCGGGCUUAAACCAAGAACAACGCAAAAGACUCACAAUUGCGGUAGAGCUCGCGAGCAAGCCAUCCUUGCUUCUAUUUCUAGAUGAACCAACGUCGGGUCUGGACUCCCUGGCAGCUUUUAAUAUUGUCCGUUUCCUUCGGCGGCUCGCCAAUGCUGGACAGGCCAUUCUUUGCACAAUCCAUCAACCCUCGGCAGUUCUGUUUGAAGAGUUUGAUGACCUCCUUCUGCUCCAGAGCGGGGGGCGAACUGUAUACCAUGGCAAAUUAGGGCAUGAUUCCUCUCAACUUAUUGGCUAUUUCGAGCGAAACGGAGCGAAACAAUGCCCUCCCGAUGCAAACCCUGCAGAGUAUAUGCUCGAAGUCAUUGGUGCUGGAAAUCCCGACUAUAGUGGGCAAGAUUGGGCCGAUGUGUGGGAAGAUUCUCCCGAGCGUAAACAGCUUUCGGACGAGAUUAAGGACAUCAUUGAGACUCAUCGAACCGUCAACAAGGAAACUCAAACCAGCGCGGAGGACGACCGCGAAUAUGCCAUGCCUAUCUGGGUUCAGACCUGGGCAGUUACCCAGCGUUCGUUCAUCGCAUAUUGGAGGACUCCAGAAUAUAAUAUCGGGAAAUUUAUGCUUCAUAUCUUCACAGGGCUUUUCAAUACGUUUACAUUCUGGCACCUCGAAGACAGCUACAUUGACAUGCAAUCACGGCUGUUCUCCAUUUUCAUGACCCUGACUAUUUGUCCUCCCCUCAUCCAGCAGCUACAACCACGCUUCCUCCACUUCCGCAGUCUUUACGAAUCUCGCGAAGCCAACUCCAAGGUCUACUCGUGGGCAGCCUUUGUGACAAGCGCUGUCCUCCCAGAACUCCCAUACUCCCUCGUUGCGGGCACCAUUUACUUCAACUGCUGGUACUGGGGCGUUUGGUUCCCUCGAAACUCCUUCAGCGCGGGCUAUGUGUGGAUGCUCCUCAUGCUCUUUGAAAUGUUCUACGUCGGCUUCGGUCAAUUUAUCGCUGCCUUCUCCCCCAACCCGCUGCUUGCCUCCCUCCUCGUUCCCUGCUUCUUCACCUUCAUUGUCGCCUUCUGUGGCGUUGUCGUUCCCUACUUCGCCCUCCCUGAUUUCUGGCGCUCCUGGAUGUACUGGCUCUCCCCGUUCCAUUACCUCGUCGAGGGUUUCCUCGGCGUUGUCAUCCACGAUGUGCCAGUUCGCUGUGUUCCACGCGAAGAAGCUCUCUUCACGCCUCCUUCGAACCUGACCUGUCAGCAGUACGCGGGACCCUUUGCAGCGCAUGCACCAGGAUACGUCGAAAACGCAGCGAAUGGGAUGUGCUCUUACUGUCAAUAUUCCAACGGCGAUGAAUUUGGCGCCAGUUUCAACAUCUUCUACAAACACAAAUGGCGCAACUAUGGAAUCUUCUGGGCCUACGUGCUGUUCAACUUUACCGCCGUGUUUUUCUUCUCCUGGUUAUAUCUGCACGGUGCCAGAGACAUCAAGCGCUGGGUUAGUGCACGCCGAACAAGGAGAGCGGAGAGCAGGGAAGAAGACGACCUCUCUUCUCUUCACUACUAG